AUGGAAUCUAUUCAUAAAGUUGUGGAUAAUCUAGAAGUUCCUCAAAGUGAUGCCUGUAAAGAUUCAGAAGGCACAAAAGCAGUGAAGGAAGAAGGCCUGAACCAGUCCCUUCAAAACUCUAACUGGAAGCAGUUUAGUGAGAAUGUGAACAAUGAGACAGAAUUUUCCAGGUGUCCCAAAGAAUGUCAUGACAACUUAUCAACUGAGCCAAUGAGGAUGGAAGAAGGAGAGCAGAGAGUCUUUAUAAAUAUUGCAGGUCUAAGAUAUGAGACACAUCUCAAAACACUCAGUGAGUUCCCUGACACAUUACUUGGAGACCCUCAAAAAAGAAUCCAUUAUUUUGAUUCCAUGAGGAAUGAAUAUUUUUUUGACAGAAAUCGGCCAAGUUUUGAUGGAAUUCUAUAUUAUUACCAAUCUGGUGGAAAAAUAAGGCGUCCUGCAAAUGUCCCCAUAGAUGUUUUUGCAGAUGAGAUUGUUUUUUAUGAACUUGGAAAUGACGCUUUGGAUCAGUUUCGAGAGGAUGAAGGUUUUCUUAAGGAUCCUGAAAUACCGUUGCCAACCAAUGACUAUCAUAGACAAUUUUGGUUGCUUUUUGAAUAUCCUGAAAGCUCAAGUGCUGCAAGAGGAAUGGCAUUGGUCUCUGUUUUAGUAAUAGUCAUCUCCAUACUCAUCUUCUGCUUGGAAACAUUGCCAGAAUUCAGAGAAGAAAGAGAUUUUCAAAUGCACAGGGAUUCAAGCAACUACACAGAGUACAUAACUUACCUAAGCACCUUGACAGAUCCUUUUUUUAUGAUAGAAACUAUUUGUAUAAUAUGGUUUUCUUUUGAACUAAUUGUCAGGUUUAUUGUCUGUCCGAGUACUUCUGAGUUCUUUCAGAACAUCAUGAAUAUCAUUGAUAUUGUAUCUAUCAUUCCAUAUUUUGUAACUCUUAUAACUGAACUUGUAAAGCCACCAGAACCUAAUGGCCAGCAAAACAUGUCUUUAGCAAUUCUACGGAUUGUCCGUCUGGUUAGAGUGUUUAGAAUUUUCAAGCUAUCAAGACACUCAAAGGGACUUCAGAUUUUAGGGCAAACCCUGAAAGCUAGUAUGAGAGAACUAGGUUUGCUAAUAUUUUUUCUCUUCAUUGGCGUAAUACUCUUCUCUAGUGCUGUGUAUUUUGCUGAGGUUGAUGAACCUAAAUCUCAAUUUGUUAGCAUCCCUGAUGGUUUUUGGUGGGCUGUGGUGACAAUGACAACUGUUGGUUAUGGAGAUAUGUGCCCUAUUACAUUGGGGGGUAAGGUUGUGGGGACUCUGUGUGCUAUUGCAGGGGUCUUGACCAUUGCUCUACCAGUCCCAGUGAUAGUGUCUAACUUUAAUUACUUUUAUCACAGAGAAACAGAGAAUGAAGACAGACAAAGUUUACCAGUGGAUCUAGAAAAGAUAAGUUUAACAAACGUUACACGUUCAGGAAGUAUAACCUCUCUGAAGAAAAACAAUGGUUCUUGUGUACAAGACAAAAAUUGCGGUAGCUAAAUGUUGGAAACUAUUUACUAAACUGGGAGUUGUUUAGAAAUGUCAAGGGGACUGUAAACGUUAGGCUAAAUAUAGACAAAUUAGAAAUAUCUCCAACUUGGCUAUUUUUACAGCUCAAUAAUUUUAGACUGAAAUUUACAAUUCUGUUGUCAAUAUUCUCCAAUUAAUUGUUUAAUUGUUCUUAUACACACCAGUGUAAAUUUUUAUACUAUGCUAAAUGUAAAAUAGGAGCACACAGAGGAAAUUGCUGGUCAAUAAUUUAUUAGCUAAAAACAGUCAAAGGAUGUUGUAAAAUAAAUUAUUUUAUAUUUUGGAAUACAUAAUUCUGUGAACAAAAUGACAAUACUAUAACAAGCAAACAUGUAAAAAAUAUUAUUAAUAUGUCUGAGAAAACAACCCAUACCACAAUUUGGUAAAUAACAAUAGUACUAGGUAAGUGUCAAGCAGUACCAGGUAACAAGCACUUGAUUUAUUAUAUAAACUAAUACAACCAAUUCUUCACUCAGGAGAACAAAAACAGUGUACUACAUUUAGGUCAACAGUACUUGCAUGUUGUGGCCUAAAUUAUCAUUCAAUAAAACAGUAUUAAGAUAUUUGGUAAAUUUAAUAUAACUAUACUGUUUCAUUUACUUGUAGCUAAAAAAAAAAAAUCUGAAUUGGAAUCUUCAUCCCUUGAACCUGUUGAGUAAAACUCAACUUGACAUGAAGCGGUUUCUUCUGUUUUCAUGUCAGGUGACGCCAGUCAUCUUUGUUUUUAUUUUUACAAAUAAGGGAACAGUAAAUUUUGGUGCAAUAACAACAAUAACAACCAAAUGUACAAUGUAGACUAAAAUUGGCAAGUUAAAAAAAAUGUAAUACUUUUUCUGCUUUGGCUAGUAUGAUCGUAGUUCCGUCUCUAUGUGAGCUGACUACAGUUCACGACAAUCCACUUUAAUGACACACAUCUACUUUGUUUUAGGGCAGUAUUGCAUGUAAGCAUCAUACCUUAUGUGUAACUUCCAUGAAUAUGGCUAUAUUCUUUCUUUUUUCAAUUGAUAGUGCCCUCCUCUACAUAUCCAUCUGUUGUAAAUGAAGAAGCGUUAGGGCCACUGUAUUACAACCACUAGAUGGUCAUUUUUACCCAGUCACAGACUAAAUUUCAAUGCUUAACUGGCUCAUAAGCACUGUCCACUAUUUCACUAUUCCACUAUACUUGCAUAUUUCCAUUAUAGACCAG